AUGUCCACCCUCCGCAAAGCCUGCACAAACUGCACGACCUCAAAACGCAAAUGCCUCGUCCAAAAGCCCAAAUGCGGCCGCUGCUCCCAAAAGAACCUGACCUGUACAUACGACCUCGAGCCCCUCCGCGCACCACCCACCGAGUCCGAGAAGAUCCUCGCCUUCGGCUUCAACCCGUCGACGCGCAAUACCCUCGGCGUCUGCAUCUUGAAACGGACGACCAAGCUACAAGCCUUGGGCGUUGAUCCGGCGAUCCGGGUUGGCGAGAGGAAUGAGAAUGCGCUUGAGAUUACGAGGUUGGGGUUUGGGAGGGUCGCGGAGGUGGUGGGUAGAGGGAAGCCGGGGACGUUUGUGCACCCUAGGUUGUUGAUUCCUAGGGAGUGUAAUCAUUUUAUGGAGCUGGUGGAGAGGGAGGAGAAGGGUGUGAGGUGUGAAGGGUUUGAGCGGUUGGUUCGGGUUGAUAUUAAGAAAGUGUCUGCGAAAGAGGUUCUUACUGCUCUUCAAGCUCUAUUAGUUCAUCUUGCGGCAUCUGUUUUCUCGUCCGUUCUAGAGGAGCGGGAUGAGGCUGAUAGGUGUUUAAGUAUUAUGUCUGAGUGGACGCAGACUUUGUUAGAGUGUGUUGAUGCCGGGAUGCCGAAAAGCCAGUCUCCGUGGCAGGAUUGGUUGUUAGGAGAGAGCGUACGACGAACCGUAUUCAUGGCCUACGUCCUCAACCUCUCAGUAGCCAGCUACAAAUACAGCUACUGCUCCAACUGGCUCUUCAUUGAAUCCCUCCCCUUCGACGCCCGUCCCGGUCUCUGGAUGGCCGAAUCCCCACAAGCAUGGAUUGCAGCAGCCCACGCCAGAUGUGGCGAGGAAGUGGGCGAACGGCUCAACUCGUACCAUGAGUUUGCGGAGUCUUGGAGAGGGAGGACGCUGGAUUUUUGUGGGGAUGUGUUUUUGGGUUUGGUGACUUUCGUUCAUAAUGGUCUUGGUGGGAACUAA